UUCCGCCGGAUUGACUCGGCGCCGCCAUGGACCGCGAGACGCGCCUCUUCGCGGAGAACUACUUCCGGGGCGUCGGGUCGCGGCUUCCUGCCUCGGCCUGCGCACGCCCGCGGCAUGUGGACUUCAUCGAGGAGCCCGGCGCCUUGUCCUACGCCGACUUCGUGAAGCGCUACCUGCUCCCCAACGUGCCCUGCGUCUUCUCGCGCGCCUUCACCGAGAGCUGGGGCUGCAGGAAGCGCUGGGUGACCCCCGGCGGGCAGCCCAACUGGGAGCAUUUGCUCCGGAACUACGGAGAUGUGGUUGUUCCUGUUGCAAACUGCGGCCUCCGAGAAUACAACUCCAACCCCAAAGAACACAUGCCGCUCAGAGACUACAUCAGCUACUGGAGAGAAUACAUCGAGGGCGGCUACUCGUCCCCAAAGGGAUGCCUCUACCUCAAAGACUGGCACCUGUGCAGGGACACUUCUGCUGAGGACGUGUUCACACUGCCGGUGUACUUCUCCUCCGACUGGCUGAACGAGUAUUGGGACACUCUGGACGUGGACGACUACCGCUUCAUAUACAUGGGGCCCACUGGUAGCUGGUCACCAUUCCACGCUGACAUCUUCCGCUCCUUUAGCUGGUCUGUCAACAUCUGUGGGAGGAAAAAGUGGAUCUUCUUCCCACCAGGGCAAGAAGAAACCCUGCGAGAUGGUCGGGGAAACUUGCCCUAUGACGUGACCUCCCCCUCGCUCCGUGACACCUGCCCAGACUCCAGCCCACCACUGGAGGUCAUGCAGGAGGCAGGUGAGAUGGUGUUUGUGCCCAGUGGCUGGCACCAUCAAGUUCACAACCUGCAGGACACAAUCUCCAUCAACCACAAUUGGGUGAAUGGCUGCAACCUGUGGAACAUGUGGCUCUUCCUGCAGCAGGAGCUCCGCAGUGUGCAGCAAGAAGUCCUGCAGUGGAAGGACACCAUGCCCGACUGGCACCAACACUGUCAGGUCAUCAUGAGGUCCUGCACAGGGAUCAAUUUUGAAGAGUUUUACCACUUCCUCAAGGUCAUUGCUGAAAGGAGGCUUCUCAGCCUAACGAAGGGCAUGGACUGUGGUGAGUCCAAGGGGACUGAGAGCACUGCAGUGGGUCCUCAGCAAGCUGCUUUUGACAUUAGCCGGAUUGCUGAAGUCCUGGCUUCUGUGGUGAUCCACCCUGACUUCCAGAGACUGGACACCAGCACAUUCUCUCCACGGCCAGAGCAGCUUCUGCAGCAGCUGGAGACUGUGGUCAGCUCUUCCUUCCUGUAAUGCCUGCUGAGGGGAGAUGGCAUUGAGGGUGCUGGCUGG